AUGCCUGAAGGAGGUGAGAAGAAGAAGGAUGCAGGCGUCGUUGGAAGCAAACCCGCCCAUGAUUCUACGAAGGCAAAGAAGGCGUUUGAUCCGAAGAAAUUCGCCGUCGACUUGCUCACUGGUGGUACCGCAGCAGCUAUAUCAAAAACUGCCGUCGCUCCGAUCGAAAGAGUGAAGCUUCUGUUGCAGGUACAAGAUGCUUCGAAAACAAUUUCGGCAGACAAAAAAUACAAAGGAAUCAUCGACGUGUUAGUGCGUGUACCAAAAGAACAGGGCUUUUUCUCACUGUGGAGAGGAAAUUUAGCAAAUGUAAUCAGAUAUUUCCCAACCCAAGCACUUAACUUCGCCUUCAAGGAUACAUACAAUACGAUGUUUUUGAAAGGGGUUGACAAAAAGAAGGAGUUCUGGAGGUUUUUUGCGGGAAACCUUGCUGCUGGUGGUGCUGCUGGUGCAUCAUCAUUGUGUUUUGUGUAUCCACUUGAUUUUGCAAGAACACGUCUUGCUGUUGACAUCGGUAAGGGAAAGACUCGUGAAUUCCAAGGAUUAACCGAUUGUUUGGUAAAAGUGUUCAAGUCCGAUGGACCGAUCGGUCUUUACCGAGGAUUCAUCGUUUCUGUGCAGGGAAUCAUCAUCUACCGCGCAGCAUAUUUUGGAAUGUUCGAUACUGCCAAAUAUUUCAUUGCAUCUGAAGGAAAGAAACUGAACUUCUUCUUUGCAUGGGCUCUUGCUCAAGUGGUAACAGUAAGUUCGGGUAUAAUGUCGUAUCCAUGGGAUACUGUACGUCGUCGAAUGAUGAUGCAAUCAGGACGAACUGACGUUCUUUACAAGAACACAUUAGAUUGCGCCCUGAAGAUCAUCAGGAACGAGGGUCUGCGCGCUAUGUUCAAGGGGGCACUCUCGAACAUUUUCCGUAGCACCGGAGGAGCUCUUGUGCUCGCUAUUUAUGACGAAAUUCAAAAAUUCCUUUAG